AAUGCCGAGUGUUUUUCAAUAACUGUCGAUUUCUAGCGUCUAGUAGAAAGUUUUGAAAAUGUGAACUGAAAUGUUCUAUAAAAAAACGCUAAAUUCUAGAACUACACAUUUUUAAUUAGUUUUUCGUAAUUACAUCGUGAAAAAUGUUAAUAAUUUAAGGUGGUUUAUUUAUUAACGGCUAAGCCAGAGUGAAACUGAAAAAUAUCCAACAAAUUUGUGAAAUUUUCUGGUAAACACAGGAGGAUGAUUUUGUUUGGUGGUUUCUUGGAAAGAAAGCCAUUAAUACUUUUAAUUUCCUCUUUGGUUUCGAUCUUUGGCUUCGAUAUUUCUUCAGUCGUGAGAUAAAUUUUAUAUUAAAAAGUUUAUUCCAUCCAAAUGUAUGAUUUUGAGGAGUUCACCAAUUGAGUUUGGUAGGUAAUUGAAGUAUUAAACAGAGUAGUCGAUCACUGCGAGUAUUUGAGCCACGUACUAAAUUAGGAUUAUUGCAAAGAAAAAAGCUCUCUGUAUAGGGGCUUUAGAGCGUCUUUGACAUCGUAUAUUCGCAUUACUGGUACCCUAGCUCAUGAUUUUUUUAUGUAGAUUUGCACCAAUUCCAAAUACGUCUAUAUUUCAUCACUUAUUCGUUGUUUUAUACAUAUCACAAGAUAAACAUAAUAUUAUAUACAUGAAGUGCAGCCGUCUGUGAGGAACUCAUAAGUCAUAACACAACAUCAGUAGCAGCAGUAGCAGCAGCAGCAGCAGCAGCAUCAGCAUCAGUAGCAGCAGUAGCUGUCGUAGUAGCAGUCGCAAACGAGCUCCGCUAUACCAAACUGCAGAUCAACACACAAUCCACUCGCAUCGAGUCAUCAGUCAUUGUUGCGAUUUGUGCAUCGACUGUAAUACACGACGACGUGAGUAAAUAGCACCGACUAUCCAGUUGACGCCACUGCAAAACAACUGACAGUCGCGCUGACAAGUGCAUUCUACCUUAGAACUCUGCAUCAGUAACUUGGCCAUAGCUGUAACGAGCUGCCAACGCAGGCCAGGCUUUGUUUCACUCGCCUAGUGUUGAUCUCUCGCUCGCCCGAGCUGCAACAGCUGAUAUCGUCAUCGUCGUUGCUGCUGCUAUUAGCUAGAUUUUAUUUACUGACGAGCUGCUACAAUCUGCUGCAUAAGACCUAAAAAGAGAGACGCUGCCUCAGACGAAGAAGAUUCGCGUACCCAGCUUCGCUCUCUUUUUUUCUUUCUAUCGCUCUCUCUCGCUCUCCACACAGGUAUACACUACUGCAGUAUAUACAUAUAUUUGUUGCGUGGUAACGGACAACCUUGCAGCAACUCCUCUCAAGCAGGAUUGUUCAUUCGCUCCAAGUGCGUGUGCAGUGCGAUAAAACAGCGCAUUUUAUGCAAAGCCUCACGAGAAACAUUGACGUAAUAACACAAGGUCUCAAGUUGAGCUUAGCCGGACUAAUGAACCUCGCAACUCAAAAUACCACCGAUCCGCAAAAUGCACAAAUAUUCUUUGUCAAUUUCAACCAAGACUGCUCGUCGCUAGCAGUUGGCUCAAAAACUGGAUACAAAAUUUUUUCACUCAAUUCUGUGGAUCAAUUGGAAAAAAUUUUUGAAAAUGAAACGGAAGAUGCAUGCAUUAUCGAGCGCCUAUUCAAUAGUAGCCUCAUUGCCAUGGUCAGUUCUUCAUCACCCAGGAAACUUAAAGUUUGCCAUUUUAGAAAAGGAACAGAGAUAUGUAAUUAUAGCUACUCUAAUACAAUAUUGGCUGUGAAACUUAAUAGAGCUAGAUUAGUAGUAUGUUUGGAAGAAUCACUUUACAUUCAUAAUAUAAGAGAUAUGAAGGUCUUACAUACAAUUCGAGACACUCCACCAAAUUUGGCUGGACUCUGCACGCUUUCAAUAAAUAGUGAUAACUGCUAUUUAGCCUACCCUGGUUCUAAUACCAUUGGUGAAGUUCAAAUAUUUGAUGCCAUUAAUUUACAAGCAAAAACUAUGAUACCAGCUCAUGAUAGCCCUUUAGCUGCUCUUGCAUUUAGUCCAAAUGGUACAAAAGUUGCCACUGCUUCAGAAAAAGGCACAGUCAUCAGAGUCUUUCAUGUUCAUGAUGGAACUAAAUUGUUUGAAUUCAGAAGAGGAGUUAAAAGAUGUGUUUCUAUUAGCAGUUUGAGCUUCAGUAUAGAUUCUAUGUUUCUGUGCUGCUCAAGCAACACAGAAACUGUACAUAUAUUUAAAUUGGAAGAGCCAAAGGAAGUGCCUCAACAACCACCCGAAGAAACACAAAGUUGGAUGGGCUACUUAUCAAAAGCUGUUACAGCAUCAGCUAAUUAUUUACCUUCUCAAGUAACAGAUGUAUUUAAUCAGGGUAGAGCUUUUGCUAGUGUUCAUUUACCUUUUCAAGGGUUAAAAAAUGUCUGUGCCAUCGCAACGAUUCAAAAGGUGCUCAGGUUGCUAGUUGCUAGUGCGGAUGGAUAUCUUUAUGUUUAUAAUCUUGAUACUCAAGAAGGUGGAGACUGCACUCUUUUCAAGCAACAUAGGCUAGAUGGAAAACAAGAUGAAGUUGAUUGUGCUGGCAUCGCAGCUUCUGGGUCUGGCGAAACUGCUGCGACACCACCGCAGUCCAUUCAAAAUACUGCCUGCCUAAAUAGCUACGCGGGUGCGUUACGUGGCCGCUCACCCGACGUCAUGUCAGGUACUGAAUCGGAAAAGUAUCACGAGAUAAUCGCUGCGACGGAAAGUCCACCGAAAGCUGGUGCGUUCCGAUUAGAUGACGAUGCCGAAUUUCCACCGGUAACCCAGCGUACCGACUGAGUUUCAGUGUCAGAAAAGGAGCCAUGCCAGAAUCGCAGCCGUCGAGCUCACCAUCAUCAUCGCCGACAUCAAAACAGCGCUCUCAAAAGACUCUAACAUUGACAUAUAUAUUAUUGCAUAAUAAAACUUUUUUUACAUAUCAAAUAAUUAUGCAUAAGCGAAUGCUAAGACAGUUGUACAUAUAUAUAAAUAGUGAAAUGAUGUAUUUGUCAUGAUAAUUCUUUCUAUUUAUUUGAAAUUGUCCCACUCUGUACAUACAUUUACAUAAAAUGAUACUGCGUUAAAAUUAAAACUUGAAACGAUAAUUACUCUAGGUUUUAUAUAAGUGAAUGUAUACUGAAAAAAAUCGAUGUCAACGUUAUACUCUUUGUGUGAAACAGGCACUAUUCGUACGUGGCUGUGGUUCUAAAUUGAUCUACUAUUUUAUACCAGCGGCCUGAAAGUAGCAUUUCCUGGCCGCUGUGCAUAAACAGAACUGUUUUUUUCCAAACACCUUGUACGAAAAACAGCAUACCGGUCCAGGCAGCGAAAAAAAAGCAACAAUUCACGUGCUUAUCGGCCUCGGGCAUUAUAAUUACACGUAUCCGGGGACUUAUCUAUUUUUUCGCAGCCAAAGGCAGUUAUAUACUUUAGAUUUCAAUAGUUUUUGUAUGUACUAGCUGAAUUAUAAAAGUUCAAUGUAUAGCGAGUGAAUCAUAAUUGUUACAGUACCACGUUUGCUAUGUAGCUGAUAAUCUUCAAAUUGAAGUCUAGUAAGAAGAAAUUAGAUUAACGCAUUUCAUUUUUCAUCCGUACAUGAAAAAUUUUUAGUAAAUAUUUAUUAACGUAUCAAAUAACUAUUUCAAUAUACGCAGGGAAAAAUACACAGAAAAAGAAUUGUUACUAAUGACCAUUGUAAAUAAAUAAAUUCAAAAUUUA